UCUUUUUUUACUUAAACGGCAAGAGAUUUAAGCAAAUUCUAGCCCAGAUUUAUAAAAUUAUGGUUAUUCCGUAAUUUCAAAUCCAAAAAAUUAAGAAUACACUUAGCGAAGUGGAAAAUGUCACGUCAUUCGCGUCCACCUAUUAUCUCUGCUCCAGUGGUGGGAAUCGUCUGAUCCCUAUAAAUUCAAAUGUGAAAUUUUGAGUUUUUCAUCAUGUUUUUCAAUAUGGACAAUUCCAAUGCAAAAAAUAAGUACCAGACCCGCCAGGAGUAUGUGGACAAGCUGAAACAGUGGCUGGAUGAAGCUAGGUUAUGGCAUGGAUUCUGUGCGAGCUUCCCUUACUACACAAAUUUGCAAAACCAGACAGAAAACAGUACUUGGAAUGUGGCUUAUUUAAACCGACACAGUAAUAGGAGGAAUCUGAACGUUCCAGUUUUCCAGCCAGGUAUUCACGAAUUUGUGAUACCGCCCCUAUGGAAACGAAUCGUGGCCGAAUUCCUAGAUUUCCUAAUCCUUUUGUUAAUAAAAAUGGUUGUAACGUUUGUGAUAAUUGAAUGUUUUUAUGUCCUAAGCAUAGAAAACUACCGGUUUGACUCGUUUAAGAAGAACCUACAGGACCCUAAAAUCGCCAUGCAGAUGUCCGUCGAAAUAUUGACUCUGGAGCUGCUCCACCGCUUCAUAGUGUGUUGCUAUGAGGUUUAUUGGCUUAAAGGGGGCUCGUGUGCCACCCCGGGGAAGAAAUACAUGGGUCUCAUGGUAAUACAAGUUGAGAAUAUUACCCCAGUGCCGGGGCAGUCGGACGACGUUGUGAGAGUGAGCCCGUGUUUGCCGCUCGGCAUCCAAAAGGCCAUCAUUCGGGCGAUUUUAAAAAACGUGUUCCUGGGCGUCAUGUUGCCCAUGUGCUUUACUCUGUAUGUGUUUCGGUUUAACCGCACCGGUUACGACGCAAUGAGCAACAGCUUGGUUGUAGAAUGCAAUCCGCAAAUUCAGUUUCACGUUCAGUGAAGAAGCAUUUUUCAUAAAACACUUUUAUUACUGCUAAAAAAUUACAUAUCUUUCUUUAGAAGUGCAAGAAUAGGUAAUAAAACAAACUUUGUGGAAA